UACACAUGCACCCACAUACGCGCUCUCGUGCACACAAACACGCACACACAGUCGCUAGGUCAGCUCCAUCUUACAGCUCAAGCCACCCAAAGCUGUUUUCCUUGUAGAGAUCAGGACGUGAUUUAGCAAGGCACAGCUGCUGAAACAAAAACAAGGGAAGGAUCAAAGAAGCGCCCAGGAGGGAGAAGAAAAACACUCCAGAAAAUCCAUUUUUUUAACUUCUCUUGAGAAAUUCCCCUCCGUUGCCUCUGUUGACAGUUCAUUCAGAAAGAAGGGGCCGCGUUCACAUGACAGAAUGGGAGUGAAUGGGUUGCCAUGGUAACUGACACUGGCAGGACGACCCAAGAAAAGUGGAUGUUGAAUGGAGGAGCUGCUUUGGCAAGCAAGUGAAAGUAACAGACAGUCAGAGAAGAGAGGGAAGGAGGGAUCAGGGGAGCGCUGAGGUCCAGAAUGGAGGACGGGUUUUCCAGCUACAGCAGCCUGUAUGACACCUCCUCACUGCUGCAGUUUUGUAAUGAUGACAGCGCGUCAGCAGCCAGCAGCAUGGAGGUGACGGACCGGAUUGCUUCUCUGGAGCAGCGUGUGCAGAUGCAGGAGGAUGAGAUCCAGCUGCUGAAGUCUGCGCUGGCCGAUGUGGUGCGGAGACUGAAUCUCUCAGAGGAACAGCAGGCACUGGGCACCAGGAAGGGACCAACCAAAGCUAGACCCAUGAUGCCAGCCUUGCCCCUGAGGCCCACGGUCAACAAUGGCACAGUCUUACCAAAGAAAAGCGGGACACUGCCCUCCCCCUCCAGCAGCAGGAAGGACAACACAUCACCAGCAACCAAGAGCACUGUGAAGAGAACCAGAUCCUCAGAGCGAAUGGGCCUUUUGGCGCGCAAAGACAGCACUGGAGAGUCAAAGAGUAACCGCACCCGCUCUGGCUCUACAGGGAGCAAUUCUAGUGCCAAGAGGACCAGCGAAAGUAAACUGAAGGAGCCAGUAUUCAGUGCAGGGAUGCGACGGGUGACGCACUGCAAAGAGGAGGGGUAUGUGAAAAUGUUUUUGAAGGGACGCCCCGUCACCAUGUACAUGCCCAAAGACCAAGUGGAUUCCUACUCCUUGGAAGCCAAAUCAGACCUGCCUUCGAAGAAGCUGAAGCUGGACUGGGUAUAUGGGUACCGAGGACGGGACUGUCGAUCCAACCUCUACCUGCUACCCACAGGAGAGACAGUGUACUUCAUCGCUUCCGUGGUGGUACUCUACAAUGUGGAUGAGCAGCUGCAGAGGCACUACACAGGCCAUACUGAUGAUGUCAAGUGCCUAGCUGUCCACCCUGACAAAAUCACCAUGGCAACGGGACAGGUAGCUGGAACCUCAUCUGAUGGCAAACAGCUGCCCCCACAUGUCCGAGUUUGGGAUUCAGUGAGCCUCAACACACUGCAUGUCCUGGGCACUGGUUUCUUUGACCGCGCCUUGUCCUGUCUUGCCUUCUCUAAAUCGAAUGGGGGCAGCACUCUAUGUGUGGUUGAUGACUCCAAUGAUCAUGUGCUGUCUGUGUGGGACUGGCAGAGAGAAGAGAGGAUGGCUGAUGUUAAGUGCUCCAAUGAAGCUGUGUUUGCAGCAGACUUCCACCCAACCGACACCAACAUAAUUGUCACUUGUGGGAAGUCCCACCUCUAUUUCUGGACACUUGAGGGGGGCUCCCUUGUCAAGAAGCAAGGCCUUUUUGAGAAACAAGAGAAGCCCAAGUUUGUCUUGUGUGUGACCUUUUCAGAAAAUGGGGACAGCAUUACAGGAGAUUCCAGUGGAAAUAUUCUGGUGUGGGGCAAAGGCACCAACCGUAUCAGCCAUGCCAUCCAGGGGGCACAUGAGGGGGGCAUCUUCGCCCUAUGCAUGUUACGUUGUGGCACACUGGUGUCUGGAGGGGGCAAAGACCGCAAGCUCAUCUCCUGGGAUGGAAACUACCAGAAGCUCCAGGUGAUGGAGAUACCAGAGCUGUAUGGCCCGGUCCGCACAGUAGCAGAGGGCAAGGGCAACAGUGUGCUCAUCGGCACCACCCGCAAUUACAUUCUACAGGGCACUUUAUCUGGCGACUUCACCCCCAUCACCCAGGGCCAUACGGAUGAGCUUUGGGGGCUGGCAGUCCACCCCUGGAAGCCCCAGUUUCUGACCUGUGGCCACGACAAGCAUGUGAACCUGUGGGACUCCUGCACGCAUCAGCCCAUCUGGACCAAAACCAUGGAGGAUGCUGCUCAGUCUGCAGGAUUCCACCCCUCAGGAAAUGUGGUUGCCAUAGGAACACAGACAGGGAGAUGGCUUGUUCUGGACACUGAAUCCAAGGACUUGGUCACAGUCCACACAGAUGGGAAUGAGCAGUUAUCUGUAAUUCGCUUUUCAGUAGAUGGCAAUUUCCUUGCAAUUGGGUCCCAUGACAACUACAUCUACAUCUACGCAGUGGGUGAAAAUGGCAGGAAGUACAGUCGAGUGGGAAAGUGCUCAGGUCAUUCCAGCUUCAUUACCCACAUGGACUGGUCUGUGGACUCGCAAUAUCUCAUGUCAAACUCAGGAGACUACGAGAUCCUCUAUUGGAUCCCAUCAGUGUGUAAGCAGGUGGUGAGUGUGGAGACAACGCGGGACAUCGUCUGGGAAACCUGUACCUGCACCUUGGGCUUCCACGUCUUUGGGCUGUGGCCAGAGGGCUCUGAUGGAACUGACAUCAAUGCUGUGUGCAGAUCCAAUGAGAAGAGACUUCUUGUCACUGGUGAUGACUUCGGAAAAGUCCAUCUGUUUGCGUACCCAUGCUCACAGUUUCGGGCUUCGAGUCAUGCGUAUGGCGGACACAGCAGUCAUGUGACCAAUGUGAACUUCCUAUUUGAUGACAGUCACCUGAUCUCCACUGGCGGGAAAGACAUGAGCAUCAUGCAGUGGCGAGUUACAUAGGAAAGCCACCGGGGGGAGACAUUGAAGGAGUACUCUCCAGAAAAGGGGAACUGGCCCAGAAUGCCCAUAUGGGAGGGACAUGGAGCUGAAAGAAACAUCCUGAAAACAGCAGGUUGAUGUGAUGGAAUCCCCUGUUAGUCCCUGGUUUACCCUAUUACUUCGGCAUAUUACUUAUAUUUCACAGCUCAGGAAUCCAGCGCUGGCAUUUGAAAUUCUCACAGCUCUGCAUCAUUGCAGCACACCAUUCCGCAAACGAAAACAGUCCUUCAUACUCACUAAUUUGCAUGUAUUUCACCAAAAUACUGUAUAAUGUGCAAACUAUACUUGUGUUAAUGCCAUUUGAGUCCAUAAUCACAGCUGGCCCUUUCUUGUCUAGCCAUAAUGCCAUUCACAGUCUGUAAAUAACUGUUUUUCUGUGUUGCUGAUCAUCAGCAUUGUUCAUCAACGUCAAUUGUUUAUUGUUGCUGCCACCGCUUGGCAACUGCACUGUUGCACCUUUCAGUCACAUGCCCUUACCCAUUUUCUCUUUUUUUAAUUCCCAAAGAUCAAGCACAGUGUGUGUGUUUUUUUAUUAGGAGUAAUAGCAACCACAUUUGGAACUAGUGCAUGCACCUUCUGCAUGAGAAUGCCUUUUUACUUUUUCAGAUUGUUUUGUACUUACUUAAAAACAUUUCUCCAGAACCAAUGUGUGGCUACCAAGAGAGGGAAACAUUUACACCAAAAGCAGUACAAUUAAAGAGUAGAAUGUUUGAGUUAAGCUGUUGCACUCUUUGCUUUUACAAAUACAUUAUACUCUAGACAGUCUUUGAUAAGAAUGACUCAUUUGGUGUUCCAUAUUCAUAAACAAACACAUAUUUUCAAAACACAUAUCUAAACAGGAGGUUGUGAUCUACCAAACUGAAUUAUAACAUAGUUAUAUGGGUGAGAACUACCACUAUCACAGACAUUUUCAUGUCUUAUUUGGCAUUGUCACUGCUUAAAACCAUGAUAGCAAUGACAUGUUAUGAACACAGGGCAUGCACAUAUUCAUGCAUAUAUUCAGCUUUUUCAUGAACUCAGCUCAUGAAAUAUUACACAUCUCAAACAACUUGUUUUUCAUUUUUCUCCCCAACUAGGAAAUUACAGUACAGUAUGUUCUGUAACAAGCUGCAGAGGAUGUCAAACAUAAACCGUUUUUCUAACCUAAGCAAUGACCUUUAAUUGUUUUGUUUCUGAAAAGAAUCUGAGCAAAAAAAAAAAAGUUUGGCCAUGACCAGAAUUAGCAUAUUCUUAUGCAUAUAAACUGUCAGAAGUGACUGAUGCCAUGGCUAGUGAGAUGCAGGAUGUGUUGUUGUCUAAGCUAUGAUGAUCUACUUUGGAGGGUUAUUAAUAAAAUAGGAAUCCUUGAAGUUGUAUGUCAGGAAAUAGAAGGACAUUUUGGGCGAAAGUGGAUAAAUGAUUGCAAUGUGAUGUUUACAAUGGGGAAUGUAUGUAGAAUGAUUAAAUGGUUAAAAUGGUAGCUUCUGUUAUGAUUCUAAUCACAGCUUAUCUUUGUUUGAAAAUAAAUAUGGAUUAAAUUCAA